UAGAUGCACUAUUGUAAAGUGGCUGUUCCACUGGAUGUCAUAAGGUGAACGCACCAAUUUGUAAGUCGCUCUGGAUAAGAGCGUCUGCUAAAUGACUUAAAUUAAAUGUAAAUGUACUACUAGUUUGAUUUCCUGUCAAAGAGACUGAAACUUUUAAAAGGGGGAUUUCAAGAAGAGGAUUAUGAGUUUGAGAUUGGAGCUCAGGUUGUGUCCCAAUAGUCUUUAUAAUCCUAUAUCCUUCUCCUUUCCUAAUAUAGUUUCCUUUAGUACCACUAAUAGGUGAACGAACUGGUAGGAAAGGAAGUUACUUCAUACUACUGAUACAACCCCACACUAACAAACACUGCUCUCAUGGUGAGGAUGAGGGAGGAGAGGGAGUGGUGGGGGAGGAAGAGGAAGGCUGAGACAGAGGGUGCACUCAGCAGCAGUGAGCUCAGCCAAAGAGGGCCAUUUCAGCUCUCUCUGUGUCCCCACUCUCUUUUUCCCUCUCUCUUUCUCUCUCUCUUGCUCUCGUUCUCUCUCGCUCUCAGGCGUCCUAAUGAGAGAGAGAGAGCUCUGUCGUGGGCUAAUAUGAAGGAAGCGCAGAGCUCUGUGCAGUAAGUUUGCUAACUCUUAAAAGAGAUGCAUGGCGAUUAUUAAAUCAUGUUGGAUCUGUCUUAUCUCUGCUAUGUUGCAUGCCGAGAGAUGGAGAGCAGUUGGCAAAGAAGAAUGCCCUUUAACAUUUAAUAUGGCAUGAAUAUGCUGUGAUGGACUUCAUCUAUCGGUGGAAUGAGUGUCGUGGGACAUUAAGACCAUUCUGUCAUGGGGGACUUGAGAGAUGAGUAUGGGCAGUGAAGACGACGGGAAGGAUGACCUCUAUAAGCUGAAAGCCCCUACCGUGCUCCAGAGAUGUGCUGUGUAAACGCUAAUGUGCUCUGAAUCCACAAUGCUCCGGAGGUGGCUGUUAGCUCUGGUGGCCCGUGUUGGGGUCAUAGCACUAGUGGUGUGCUGCUGCCUGUCUCUACUCUACCUGCUGGCCUGCAAACCCCAGAGCAGCUACAGCCAUGAACAGGCCCAGGUCUGGGCUGGAGGAGCCACCAGUAAAGAGGGUUACCUGGCGCUACUGCAGGAGAGCGAGGACACACACAGGCACUAUAUUAACAGUCUCAGUAAGCAGAUAGCUCAGCUCAAAGAGGCUCUUCAGAUGAGGACCCAGCAGCUGCAGGAGUCUCUGGAAAAGGCCAGGGCCAAAGGGGUUCUACCUAUGGGGCUGGAGGGUCUGCAUAGGCCCCAGACACACACCGACCUCCAGGAGUUCUUCAAGGCCCAAUUGAGCCGGGCUGAGGUCCAGUCUGGUGAGAAGUUGCCCAGUGAGUACGCCGUGAUUCCCUACGAAAGCUUCACCCUGCACAGGGUGUACCAGCUCGAGAUGGGUCUGACCCGUCAUCCAGAGGAGAGGCCUGUGAGGAAGGACCGGAGAGACGAGCUGACAGGCACGCUAGAGAUAGCCCUGCAGGUCCUCAACGGACCCCGGAGACAAGGGGAGCGCCACCGACGCUCCUAUUCACCAUCGGACUUCAUAGAGGGGCUGACCCGUACAGAGCGUGACAAGGGGACAGUGUAUGAGCUGAUGUUUAAGGGCGAGAGUUCGCAGGACUUCAGACAGCUGGUGUUCUUCAGACCCUUCGGCCCGGUGGUCAGGGUGAAGAAUGAGAGGGUGGACACACGCCACAUGCUCAUCAACAUCAUAGUACCACUGUCCAGGAGGGCUGACACAUUCAGACAGUUCAUCAACAACUUCAGAAAGGUGUGCAUCCAGCAGGAAGGGAAGACGCACCUCACUGUGGUCUACUUUGGCAAGGACCAGAUUGACGAGGUCAAAGCCAUCAUGGAUCAGACAUCUAGGGAAACCCAGUUCCGAAACUUCACGCUGAUCCAACUGAAUGAGGAAUUCUCUCGUGGGCGGGGCUUAGAGGUGGGCGCACGGGCCUGGAGGCGGAGCCACAACGUGCUGCUCUUCUUUUGCGAUGUCGACAUCCACUUUACCCUAGACUUCCUCACAUCCUGCAGACUCAAUGCAGAGCCUGGUAAGAAAGUGUUCUACCCAGUUCUCUUCAGUCAGUACAAUCCAUCUCUUAUCGACAAUAACCAGAGUCCCUUCCCUUCUAUUCAACAACAACUGGUGAUAAUGAAGGAUGCUGGAUUCUGGAGAGAUUUUGGGUUUGGCAUGACUUGCCAAUAUAGGUCUGAUUUCAUCAACAUAGGUGGGUUUGACCGGAACACCAAAGGCUGGGGUUUGGAGGAUGUUCACCUAUACAGAAAGUACCUGCACAGCAAGCUGAUGGUGAUUCGAUCUCCCUCCCGUAGCCUCUUCCACUUGUGGCAUGAGAAGCAAUGCGCGGACGAGCUGCAGCCAGACAAGUAUAAGAUGUGUAUGCAGACCAAGGCCAUGAGCGAGGCCUCUCACGGCCACCUGGGGGAGCUGUUCUUCACACAGGAGAUCCAGGAGCACAUGGAGAGGCAGAAACUACUGAACGACUCAAAGUCACUUGAGGUAGAGGUUGCCCCAUACCCACAGAUCUAAGAUCAGAAUACCCUACCCCUUAUCCUAGCCUUAACCAUUAGGAGGUUGAACUAUAUCUGACCCUGGACCUGUGGUCAGGGUUAGGAAAUCAGAACGUCUGGAGAGGUUCUGUUGAGAGAACAAUGAUCUCAUCAUCCUACAGACGGAAUUUAAGGACUGGGGAGGGCGUGUAGAGGGAUGAGACAUGAACUUUGUCAUGACAAGAUUAAAAUGUUAUUGAAUGAAACAUUGAUGUGAUGUCAUGUACGUCGUCAUUGCCAUUUUGCUGACGGAUGAUGGCCUGAUCUGAUGAGUCUGUUCUAUAAGCAUUUGGUUGAAAAGACGUUGCAAAGAUGUCUUUCAACUUCUUGUGCUCACUGGGUGAAAACAGGGAGGGCAGAAGAACCUUACCCACUUUGUUGUAUUGAGACUGUCAACCUGCUAUGGACUCAAUGAAAAUAAUAUUUUUGUAUAAAUGAAGGGAAGGAUGUUUUUGUAUAACACUCUGUAUUUAUAACUGCAUCUGAAUAUUUAUUAGAAUAAUACAAGAUCAUAAUGUCUCAACCAACCAACUGACUUGGAGCCCAUUACCUGGAUAGAAGGAUCAAGAAGCAUAAUUAAAAGAAUGUGGAUUGCAUGCACUAUCAUAGCGUUUUAUAUGAUUUGGGAGUAGAUGAGCAAUUGCAUGUACAUCAAUAUUUGUGUUCUUUCUGGUCUUGCAUUGGAACAUUGGGAGAGUCAAUAUUUCAAAACCAUUUCUCUCUCUCUUCCUUCCCCCUUCCCCUCUGUGUGUGUGUGCGCGUGUGUGUGUGCGUGUGUGUGUGUGUUUCAGAGAGAGUCUAUUUGUGCAGACAUAGCUACAAGGUGUGGAGGCCUACAACUGCCAGUAUUUCAUGGUCAGGCAUGUUUUGACACAGAACAGAAGAAACACUUUGGUGGAACCUGUGUUUUAGAAGUGGGGUGGGACAUAAAUGUGUUCUUAUUUUGCCUCGUUUUGUAUCACAUUCCAGUGGCAAUUUUAACAUGUAAAUGUUUGUGGGGAAAACUAAAAAACACAACACUAAACAAUAUAUUAAUUGCACUAUAACGGUGACAAACGGUGCCCACAAGCUGUUAGGGCCUACAUAAAGGUGUCCCAACACCUCACCACUGCUACACCUGGCUAUCAGCGGAGCCUUAUCUGGCAGCGAAACAGUUCAUUCAGCCUCAUUUACUGCCUUUAAAAAAACAUAGCUGAUAUGGCUGACUUGCUUAAGCAAAUGUGGUUUCUACUGACAAUUGAGAUGUACAAACUAUGACAUAAGGGGACAACGAGCGGAUAAGAGGCAAUCCGUAUUUUCAAUUAAGACAUUAAUGAGCGAGUUAGGACAGACGUAGUGAAUAUAACUAUUUGUUCAGCACUUUUGAAAUGUACAGCGACAUAAUUCAGAACAUGGGUCAUUCUUACAGUGUUCUCCUGUACACCAAGUCAGACCCUGUCUUUCAAAGAUAAUUCAUAAAAAUCCAAAUAACUUCACAGAUCUUCAUUGUAAAUGGUUUACACACUGUUUCCCAUGCUUGUUCAAUGAACCAUCAACUAUUAAUGAACAUGCACCUGUGGAAUGGUUAAGACACUAACAGCUUACAGACGGUAGGCAAUUAAAAGGUCACAAUUAUGAAAACUUCGGACACUAAAGAGGCCUUUCUACUGACUCUGAAAAACAGCAAAAAAAAGAUGCCCAGAGUUCCUGCUCAUCUGCUUGAAUGUGCCUUAGGCAUGCUGCAAGAAUGCAUGAGGACUGCAGAUGUGGCCAGGGCAAUAAAUUACAAUGUCCUUACUGUGAGACACAUAAGACAGCCUUACAGGGAGACAGGACGGACAGCUGAUCGUCCUCGCAGUGGCAGACCACGUGUUACAACACCUUCAUUUCAAGCUGGUGAACACAUUUGGGUACCUAAGCAGUGGGUUCCCAAACAUUAUGUGUUUUGACACACCUAAUAGAUCAAAUGCUUGUAGCCAUAACCCAAGCUUUACAAACCAAGAAGAACUGUCCGGGACCCAACCAACCAACUGACUUGGAGCCCAUUACUUGGAUAGAAGGACCCUAAGCCUAAUUGGAUUGCAUGCUAUCAUUGGAUUUACAUGAUUUGGGAGUAGAUAAGCAUGUAUGUCAAUAUUUGUGUUCUUUCUGGUCUUGCAUAGUCAAUAUUUCAAAACCAUUUCUCUCUCUCUUCUUUCCUUCCUCCUUACCCUCUAUGUGUGUU